UUGAAGUAAGGAGACUAUGUUUGAAAUUUCAUAGCGUCUAUCAAGCGUAUAAAAGUAACUGGUCACUUUGAUGCCCAUUAUAUUGCAAAGUUUUUAGAAAUAUUUGCUAAUCGGCGCGGAUUCAGGAUUUCGGAAUUAGAUGGUUGUGAAAAGCGUAACAUCACAUUACAAUUUUGGAUAUGAGGCUGGGUUCAUGUUUUGUCCUUUUCUUUCACCAUUUCAUCAUAAGUUCUGCAGUGUAUAAUAGAAUAAUUCUUGUAAGUGUACCUGAACAAGACACCAUUAUGUUUGCACUGAUCGAUUCUGAAGACAGCAACUUUAACUUAGAACGCCAUGGCACACUUGAUUUGACGGGCGUGCAUGCUCCUCAGGGAUUAGCAUAUGACUCCAAAUCAGAGCUUGUUUACUGGGCCAACGGGUCACCAGAAAGGGUUAUUAGACGAUCAUCUAUAUAUGGUGGUAACAGUGAAAUCAUUAUUCAGAAUAUUAGUUUUGACGUACUGGCGAUUGAAGUUGAUGGACCGAAUGUAUACUGGACACAAAAUAACGAACUGCUUCAUUUUAAUGGAAUCUCUUCUAUUCCAAUACUUCAAUCAGUUGGAGCAUUUCGUGAUAUGCGUCGACAUGGAAGCAAUACUCUGUAUUACCUAACGGAAGAUGAAAAUCGUAUUGGAAGGUUGCGGCUCGAAAAUUUCCAAGCCGUUGAAGACGAGGCUUUUAUCGAUGUAUAUUCGUAUAUUAACAUAAAUGGGUUUGAUGUUGCUAAAAAGAUUGAAGGAACCGUAAGUGCUAUCACUGAGUGUGCCUUGGAUGAAAUUCUUAGCAGCGUCAACACCACGUGUAUGCUUUAA